UGUAUAAUGCAAUGAAUUACACCCAAUGGCAACUCUACCUCCAUUCACAAUUCACCAUUGAAUGGACGCCCUUCUCAUUGGUUGAUACACUCGAAUGCCUCAUACAUUAUGAUCUCAUUUCAUUCAUCAAUUCAAUCGUCACAUUCACGGCCCACUCCUCUACUCUUACGGCCAACACCUCUAUACAGAUGUGUUAUCCAAUGGCGCGAACCCAAUUGAUCCACCAUUUGGUCCACCCUUUAGUGCUCUUCGCCGACACCACAAGCCGUGUCCACACAAUGUCUCACAAAAACAUCUAUUAUUCCGAUAAAUAUUAUGACGAGAAGUUUGAGUACAGACAUGUAGUGCUGCCCAAAGACAUCGCAAAGAUGGUGCCGAAGACACACCUCAUGUCGGAAGCGGAGUGGAGGGGUCUGGGAGUGCAACAGUCGCAGGGAUGGAUCCACUACAUGAUCCACGAACCCGAGCCCCAUAUACUGCUCUUCCGACGGCCGGUCACGCUAUCGGGUCCGCCGCCAUCGCAAGUGGAACAGCUCACCGCAGAACUGGCCGAA